UUCUCUGGCUUCCGAAGAUGCAAGACGUUGAAAUUUUCGUGCUCGUCUUGUGUUUUUCAUCGUGAGCAAUCUUCGAUGGUGAUUCUCCAGUCUUGCUCUUUUUGUACUUCUCUUCUUGGCAUAACUCUUUUCUUCGGUUUUUAAACCGUCAUGAGAUCGGAUCAUUCAUCGGGUUCCCAUGGAGAGGAUGCAAUUCCUGUUAGUCAAAAGCAUGGACGCCAUGUGCCUGUCAGCCAUGAGGCAACCACGGCCACUGGAACCAGCCAUGAGGCAAACAAUAACCAGAGCCAUGAGGCAGUUGGUGACAAUGGCAGACCUAAUGAUGUUGAUUUGGAGAAUCGAAGCAGGAAACGAAAUAGGAAGGACUGGAAAGGCUUCACAAUUCCAAAACGGGACCAAGCCAAAUCUCGCCAUCGUCAUCGCAAAAGAAAUGACAGUAGCACUAGUAGUUCUUCUUCCGAUAGCUUGUCAUCCAGCUCAAGUAGUGACAGUAGUUCGUCAGAAUCGUCAGUUUCGGAAGAUUGUGAAACCAACAAUCGUACUAUUAGUACUGACAAUCACCUGUAUAAGCGUUUUAAGCCCACAGAUGAUAGGGCUGAACAAGAACUGUCUAACGAACUGCUAGAUUAUGCACAUGAGCAUUUCAACCACUACAUUAAAGAUGAAGUUAUCACCAAGAACAUAUUGUGGCAGACCGUGGAUAAAAUCAGAGAUAAAGGUGGUGAAGAGAUUGAUGUGAACGACUUCUUUAAAUUAGUUGAAAAGACUGUUUGUUUGUUGGGACAAGCCUACGUUGCCACUACCUUUUAUAGAAGACUGAACAUUCUAACAAAGCUAAUGAAAAGUCAGAAAAAAGCCCAGAAGUUUCUCUCAAAGAAUGAGAAAAAGUUUAGUGACAAGAAGGCCUUGUUUGGCAAAGGUUUUUAAAAGAAAUUGUUAAAGCUGUCCAAGGACAGAGAGAAGAGAUUAGACAUUGAGAGACAGUUUUCAGACUACAAAAACAAGAGCCACUAUGGCUUCAAGAGCUCUGCUAGAGGGUUUCACAGAGGAAACAGCCGGCCCUUUCACAGAGGGCCCUCAUCAAGUUACCAGGGUUACAGAGGUGGCGACCGUUACAGUUCCAACUCAUUCCAGAAGAUGCG